AUGGCCAGCCAGCCGCUACCAACACUCGACCUUACCGACAUGACCGUGAGAGAUCUCACGGAAGAUUGUCUCUCCACCUUCGCCUGCUGCACACAGCUAGGAUACCAUGAUCAUCAAGUAGUAAUGGACAAUAUGUUGGAAUCCUUGCACCUUUGGGCGCAGAGUACCGCAGAAACCGCCGCAGCAUCAGGCUCGCUCGAGAAGGCGCUCGAGUCCAGACCGGAUGAUCUACAAAACAUCAAAUUCCACCUGUCCAUGAUCUCCGUGGAGUUGCAUAGCUACGCAAUGAACGCGACAAACUACGAAGCCGCAAAGGAAUACAUCCUCACCAUUGGGCGUUACAUCGAAAGUCUGGAUAUGAUGACCAGGGCCGUUAUAGGACAGCGGCCGUAA